UUUUAGAUCUUUGGACUUCAUGGGGUGGAUUUCAGCACUUGGAUGUAUUGCCAUGUUGCUUAUGUUCUCUGUAACUUUGAACAAAGGAUCCAAAUGUGACGCUCCUUCAAGUCCUCAGUGUUUUAGAAGAAACAACAAGUCGCCCGAUUACGAGUGUGAAUGGCGCAUGAACACAACACGCAGUGACGUGACGUUUGACCUCCACAUUGGCAAAAAAAAAAAAAGGGUCAAAACAGAGACCCACGCUGAGUUCCCUGAGGAGCAGCUCAUCAAAUAUAGACCUGUUGACAUUUGGGUGGACGCGCAUGUAGAAAACUCCACGUGCUCGUCAAUCAGGACAUCUGUUGUACUCAACGAAACAGUUAAAUUCGAAGCACCACAAGACGUUUUAGUUUCCUGGAUACAAAACCACCUGAAACUGACCUGGAUGGCAGCAGAGAAACACCCUGCCUUGGUAGAGGUCUGGUUUCGAAAAGCUGACACUCUGUCAUGGGAAAAGAGACAAGACCUGACAGAGCUCAUGCCCAACCUGACAGAGCUCCUGCCCAGUCAGAAUUUGACGUACAUGUUAGUUAUUAAGCAUCUUCAAAAGCAUACAGCUUACCAGGUUCGGCUCAGACAACAGACAAAAGCGGCUCUCAACCCACUGUGGAGCGACUGGUCUCCAACUGUGAUUGCCCCUUCAGAGCUUGAACAUAAACUGGAUGUCAACAUGACGCUGGAAGCAUUAGAAGGCGUUCGCAAGGUCACGCUAGUGUGGAAGCCAGUGCAACCUUCAGCAGCAGUCUCAGGAGUCGCCUACAUCCUGAACGACACUCGUUCUUCCAGAAGAUGUCCUUGUAAUAAGAAACUACAUCGCAUGGAGGAGACGGAAUACACAUACUACGUGUCCUACUCUCCUGUCAACUUCUCUGUUGUUGCCAGGAAUGCAGCAGGCUAUUCUCCCCAAGCCGUCAUACAAGUACCGGCCGAAGUGGCUCACGAUUUAAAACCUUGUAAUAAAACAUUAAUGGACAAGAAAGUCAAAAAUUCCAGCUGCCGUGAGUGGUACGAGCUUCAAGGCGAAGACUUGAGGCCGGAAAGUGUCCCAAGUUUCACAGAGACCACUACAAGGAAGGUCAAUAGAAACAGGAUUAAGGACAAUGUGGGUUACCUUUACUUUGAACACCAGUGUGUCAAAAACAGACUAAAAACAGUCAACAUGUGUCUCUUUUAUCGAAAGGAAAACGUUACAAAAAAAGCUCCCCAGGAGUUGUUUGCUUUUAAUCAAACACGCAAUUCUGUGACGGUGUCUUGGAAAGCCAUUCCUGUGGUGGAGCGGAGAGGUUUCCUCAUUCACUACAACUUGUGCAGUGUAAUCAUCCAUUCUCAGGACGAGCAGAAACAAUGUCACCUCAUACCGGCUUCUUUGCUAAAAUUCCAACUGGAAAACCUGAGGCCAAAUGCCACAUACAACAUCAGUGUAGCUGGGGUGACAGCAGCAGGAGAAGGUCCAAAGGCCACGAUAACUAUCAACACACUGCCGUUGAAUAUUAUGAAUGGCGUGUUGAAACUUGGCUUGGUGUUGGCGACCAUAUUCAUCCUGCUACUAAUAGUGUGCACGUGUAUCUGCAAAAGAAUGAAAAAGAAGAUAUGUCCUCCAGUGCCAAAGCCCUCUUUUUUACAGUUGGCCUUUCAUCAACCAGUGAAUCAGAACUGGACGCAGGAGGAGCAUGAGGAGGUGGAACAUGACGUGACACUGCAGCCGCUGAGUGAGACCCUCGCCAAGAAUGCAAAUGAGACGGUGAUGUCAUUGCACAUUGAUAUAAGGAGGACAGAUUCAAUGGUGUCUGAGGAGACCAAUGGCGAUAACCUCAUCUCGAAGGCCCUGACGGAUUCCAAAGAGGAAAUGCCAAAUACGGAAGAAGAGGAUUUGCUUGCGUUGCUGCUAUACAAAAAAGGAUUGGUCUUUGAUAUGAAGACAGACUCGUGUUAAAUGGAUUCAAAGUAAUUUACUGUCAGAUAGCGUGGAUUUUUUCAACAAUCCAAUUGACUCAAAUUCUUACGAUGGAAAAGUCUUUCACAAAAACACAUUCUUUCUAAAAAGUGAGGUCAGAAUGGAGACCCAAAUAUUACACAAAUAUGUCAUCUUAAUAUUACUAUGAGUGGUUGUAGAAUGGAUCUAUUGUCAGAGUGGGCGAAUUAAGCCAAAUAUUGAAGGCAGUGCAUCAAUACCAAUAUUGGAUUAAUACUAUGGUGAUGGAUUCAAUAUCUUUAGUCCUUUGUAUGUUCUAUGUCCCUUUUUGUGUUUUUUGUUGUGUUGUUUGUAUUGUUACAGUAUAUUGUUUACAAACUGAUUAUCUACUAUUGGGGGGGGUGGGGGGGUUUACCCACAUAUGCAGUCCUCUCCAAGGUUUCUCAUAGUCAUUCACAUCGACGUCCCACUGGGGUGAGUUUUUCCUUGCCCUUAUGUGGGCUCUGUACCGAGGAUGUCGUUGUGGCUUGUGCAGCCCUUUGAGACACUUGUGAUUUAGGGCUAUAUAAAUCAACAUUGAUUGAUUGAUUAAUUGAUUGAUUGUUUUUUUAAAUGAGAAAAUAGUCAUUUUUCCUUUGGUUUAUUUGUUUUGCACAAAUGAUUUGUUUUUCAUUGUGUUGUUCGUAUUGUUACAUUGUUGUAUUUAUAUAGUGUUGCUGUAUAUUGUUUACAAACUCAUUAAAUAAGUUAUUAUAUAUAUAAGGCAUUUAGGGGAAAAAAAGCCAAAAAAUGUAAUUAAAUGAAAGACAAAAGCAAUUUUUGCUUUUGUUUACUUAUCUUGAAUGAUGGAUUUUUUUCCCCUCAAACGAUUGCUUAUA